CCUCCAACAAGUUACUGUUUCUUGAGAACAUCCAGCGAUCAUGGCAUCGUCGUCGAUGCAGAGUACUACUGGCCGGAUGCUGAAGUUGAAGAGCAAAGACGAUGAAACUUUCGAGGUGGAAGAGGCCGUGGCCGUGAAGUCCCAAAUCAUUAAGUACAUGGUCGAGGACGGCGUUUCUAAUGGGACGAUCCCGUUGCCAAACGUCGACGGCAAGACCCUGGCCAGUGUGCUUCAGUGGUGCGAGAAGCAUGCCGAUCCUACUGUCACUGAGGAUGAACUCAACAAGUACGACGCUAGUUUUAUCGACGUUGAUCAGGCUGUUCUCUACGACCUUCUCUUGGCAGCAAACUACCUCAAUAUCGAGGAGUUUUUGAAACUGGCAUUCAAGAGGGUUGUCGACAUGAUUAAAGGAAAAAGUCCGGAUGAGAUACGCACAGCCUUCAACAUCAAGAAUGAUUUCACCCCCGAAGAACAGGAAGAAGUCAGAAAGGAGAGUGCUUGGGCCUUUGGCUCCAGAUGUAUCUCAAAUAUUUUCUCCUCCUCUUCUUUUUGUUCUUUUGUUCUUUUUUUUUUUUUUUUUCUUUUGUGCGAGAAGCUUGUAUUCUUCCUUCCCUUUUGCUGCUUGUUUAGUUUCUUGAGCAGCAGGUUUUAUUGCAUUGUAAUAUAAUCAGUUUUCAGUGAAUAUAAUACGUCCUUAGUUCUCUCUUAA